CUCGUGUCAGUUGCUAAUCCCAAAAUCUAGCAAAGACUCGGUCCGUGGUCACAAAAAUGCUAGAGUCAUCAGAAGAUCUAAAGAACACACACACUAUUAGCAAGAGAAGGGUACGCAAGCCCGAGGAGGUACACCUGCAAUCCCUGCAGCACGUUUGCAUGCUUACAACUGAACUACACGACCACAUACUACAAAUCGACUACAGCAGCAGCAUCACCCCCCUUGUCCCGCAUUAAACCAAAAUGAAUGUUUGUUGACUACAGCGUACUGCUGUCUGAAGUGCGGAUGUACAAAAAUAACACCAUGGUGCAUGGUACACAAGCUCGGGGCAUGCAGCUGCUGUCUGAAGUGCCGUCAGAAUGAGUCCCUGGACAUAAAAUGAAGAAGAAACAUGUCAAAACCCUUCCUCCGAUGUAGUGUCUCCAAGGACCAAAUCCUGAACAGCACGCACAUGCUAUCGGUGCGUCGGCUGUUGUCCAAGAGACUACAGAAAACAUAGAUAAUAAGCAAACAUCCAGUCAAACAGCCCCCUUGCUGUAACAUCUCCCGAAAUAUGCAAAUUCUGCGCCACCCUUCUCUCACUAGGUUUGGCGCAAGAAGACAACAAUAUCAGUACCAACAUCAAUACGAACAGCCCCCCAGCUGGAACAUUUCCCCGAAACAUACAUAUUAAUCUGCCUGCGCUUUCUUUCUCUCAUUUUCAACCAACAGAAGAUCUCAAAACAUCGUACACCAAAGCCAUUUUUGCAAUUGACAAUCAAAUCACCCGAAUCU